UAUGAAGCCGCAGCAACGCGAGCGCAAGGCCUGCCGGGAAUUGUAGUCUUUAAGCCGCCCCCGCCCCCCCGGAGCUGGGGACCCGGAGGUGGGAAGGGGUGGCUGGACUUCUCGGGGGUCGCCUGGGGUCGAGCAGCUGGCCCGAGUAGGACAAGAUGUGCGGCUCGGACUGAGCUUUUUCUCACGGCCACGACCCCCAGAUCCAGCACCCCCUCCCACCACCUGGCUCGUAGGGACAGGCCCGCAGACCCGUGUCCACCCUACAACCCCCAUGGGCUACCGCCAGCCGCCGCCUCGGCUGCCAUCCAGGACACGGCAGGGAUAAGCGCAGGACCCGCUGGCCACCAUGUCAGGAGACUACGAGGAUGACCUCUGCCGUCGGGCACUCAUCCUGGUCUCGGACCUCUGUGCGCGGGUCCGAGAUGCCGACACCAGUGACAGGUGCCAAGAGUUCAACGACCUGCGAAUCAGAGGCUAUCCCCGGGGCCCCGAUGCAGACAUCUCCGUGAGCCUGCUGUCGGUCAUCGUGACGUUCUGUGGCAUUGUCCUUCUGGGUGUCUCCCUCUUCGUGUCCUGGAAGCUGUGCUGGGUGCCCUGGAGGGACAAGGGAGGCUCAGCAGUGGGCGGUGGCCCCCUGCGCAAAGACCUAGGCCCUGGGGUCGGGCUAGCAGGCCUGGUAGGCGGCGGUGGGCACCACCUAGGGGCUGGCCUGGGUGGCCAUCCCCUGCUGGGGGGCCCACACCACCACGCCCACACUGCCCACCAUCCGCCCUUCGCUGAGCUGCUGGAGCCGGGCAGCCUAGGGGGGUCAGACCCCCCAGAGCCCUCCUACUUGGACAUGGACUCGUAUCCAGAGGCUGCAGCUGCUGUAGUAGCCGCUGGGGUCAAACCGAGCCAGACAUCUCCUGAGCUGCCCUCUGAGGGCGGCGCAGGCUCUGGGCUUCUCCUGCUUCCCCCCAGUGGUGGGGGCUUGCCCAGUGCCCAGUCGCAUCAGCAGGUCACAAGCCUGGCACCCACCACCAGGUACCCGGCCCUGCCGCGGCCCCUCACCCAACAGACCCUGAGCUCCCAGCCGGAUGCGGGCAGUGAGGAGCGGCCGCCCGCCCUACCGUUACCCUUACCAGGCGGCGAGGAAAAAGCCAAGCUCAUCGGACAGAUCAAGCCGGAGUUGUACCAGGGCACUGGACCCGGCGGCCGGCGCGGCGGCGGGGCCCCAGGUUCCGGAGAGGCCGGCGCGGGGGCGCCGUGCGGCCGCAUCAGCUUCGCCCUGAGGUACCUCUACGGCUCCGACCAGCUGGUGGUGCGUAUCCUGCAGGCCUUGGACCUCCCGGCCAAGGACUCCAAUGGCUUCUCAGACCCCUACGUCAAGAUCUACCUGCUGCCUGACCGCAAGAAAAAGUUUCAGACCAAGGUACACAGGAAGACCCUGAACCCCGUGUUCAAUGAGACAUUUCAGUUCUCCGUGCCCCUGGCUGAGCUGGCCCAGCGCAAACUGCACUUCAGCGUCUAUGACUUUGACCGCUUCUCCCGGCACGACCUCAUCGGCCAGGUGGUUCUGGACAACCUCCUCGAGCUGGCUGAGCGGCCCCCCGGCCGCCCGCUGUGGAGGGACGUCGUGGAGGGCGGCUCGGAAAAGGCAGAUCUUGGGGAGCUCAAUUUCUCACUCUGCUACCUCCCCACCGCCGGGCGCCUCACCGUGACCAUCAUCAAAGCCUCUAACCUCAAAGCAAUGGACCUCACCGGCUUCUCAGACCCCUACGUGAAGGCCUCUCUGAUCAGCGAGGGGCGGCGUUUGAAGAAGCGGAAAACCUCGAUCAAGAAGAACACGCUGAACCCCACGUACAACGAGGCGCUGGUCUUCGACGUGGCCCCCGAGAGCGUGGAGAACGUGGGGCUCAGCAUCGCGGUGGUGGACUAUGAUUGCAUCGGACACAACGAGGUGAUCGGCGUGUGCCGCGUGGGUCCCGACGCCGCCGACCCCCACGGCCGCGAGCACUGGGCCGAGAUGCUGGCCAACCCGCGCAAGCCCGUGGAGCACUGGCACCAGCUGGUGGAGGAAAAGACUUUGACCAGCUUCACAAAAGGCAGCAAAGGAUUGUCAGAGAAAGAGAACUCAGAGUGAGGGGUCUGGCCUAAGCUCAGGAUCGGACCAGGCCCCCUCAGGACCCCAUCCCUUCCUGCCCGGACUGUGAAUUCAUCUCCUCGAAGCCAUAACGUCCGAGCCACGUGGUGCGGGGCAGUGCUGGGCCUGCCCAUCCUUCUACCCCUGGAGGCGUGGGGAUGGAAGGCAGGCGGGCCCAGCUCCCUGUUUCAGGGUGGGGGGCAUCCAGUCUCCACUGUGUCUGUCCUCCCUUCCCCGGGGCUCCCCAUCCAGGCGAGGGGCCGUGCAUGUCUGGGGGACCCCUCCCCCUCCCCAAACCUCUGUCUGUCUCUGUGUCUCUUUGCUGUUUGUACAAGACUUGGCGUCCUAACCCUUGUUCUCACCGUGAAUGUCAACAGACCAAUCCUUCGUGUUCCCCUAGACACACGCACAGCUGUGUCUACCCUUUCUGUUCACCACAUCCCCCGUCUGGCCAAUCCCCCCACUGCUGCUGCUAUGAAUGCCGGAAUAAACACAUACCGUGGGUCUCA